CCGCAGAAGAAGAAGCGGAAGCGGAAAAGACGUCCUUUUGUUUUGAAAGAGGGAAAUUUAAAACUCGACGGCGUUAAUCCCAAAUAAACACAAACUGUCGGAUUAAAUCUCCACAAAAUAACGCGACAAUGAGCGAAGCCUGACACUUUUCACUUCUGACUGUAAAGGUCGCCUCACAUCAGCAUGAAGAAGAAGGCGAGGAGGUCGCCGGGCUCAGGCGGCGGCGGCAGCCCGGAGCAGUGCUGCGCCCUCUGCAGGCUCAGUGAUGAUGAUCCAGCCAUGUUUGGAGAGAAAGUCACACUCAAAGAGCACAAAUUCUCCGUUCACUACUUGUGUUUGCUGACGUCCUGUGGCGUUUACCAGCGAGGAAAAGAGGACGAGGGCGUCUUUGGUUUCCUGGUGGACGACAUCAAACAGGAGAUCCGCCGCUCGGCUCGACUGAGGUGCUGCUGCUGUAAGAAGAAGGGAGCGUGUGUCGGCUGCAACGUCAGAAGCUGCAAGAAGAUGAUCCACUUCCCCUGCGGGAGGAAACAGAAGUUCAUCUCUCAGUUCACAGAACUCUUCCCGUCUUUCUGUCCGGAUCACAGUCCCACUCAGUCUCUGUGUGUGAGCUCAGACCUCAGCCUGCCUCAGUCCUGCUCCAUCUGUCUGGACUCCAUCGAGCCCGUCCUUUGCUACUCCAUCCUCAAAUGUCCGUCCUGCCAUGGGAGCUGGUUCCACAGGGACUGUGUGCAGCGUCAGGCCCACAGCGCCGGCCUCUUCUUCUUCAGAUGCACUCUGUGUAACAACAAGGAGAACUUCCAGGAGGAGAUGCUCAGGAUGGGAAUAUACAUCCCAGAGAGAGAUGCCUCAUGGGAGUUGGAGGCAAAUGCGUAUUCAGAGCUGCUGGAGGUGUAUACACGCUGUGACGCUCUCACCUGCCUCUGCAACGACGGACGCACACACUCCACUAAGACCGGCUGGUUUGAGGUGAUUCGCUGCCGGCUGUGUGGAUCUGGAGGGACUCACAGGAAGUGUUCGGGGCUGAAGUUGGACACCAGAGACUGGGCCUGCAGCGACUGUCAGCAGGCUACAGACGGGAAAGCGUCCCUGGUCGCGUCUCCUCAGGGAGUUCAGAGAAGGAGUCUGCUGUCCAAACGCCAGCUGUCCUCCAGCCUCACCCCGGUCAGCUGCAAGAGGACAAACCUAACACACCUGUCCUCCUUCCACACCCCCAUCAGCUGUAAAAGGCCGUCGUUACCGGUCGCAUCUGGAUCACCUAAAGAGAUCCUGCAGGCGUUGGUGCCUCAGCUCCUCCCCCUCAGUGUCCAGGUGGAGGUGAGCGGGGACCGGGCUCUGGCUGCAGGUGUGGAGCUGGUGAGGAGGUCCGACUAUGACCCCACACACACUCUGUCUGUCAGGUUCAAAGAUUACACACGGACUUCGUUUCCCAGCAGCCUCCAGGACAGCGACACAGCCAGGCAGUACUUCCUGAAGCUGCUGGUGCAGCAGAUCGAGGACUCUGUGGUGUUUGAGGGUCCAGACGGAUCCAAAAACCUGGCGCUGGACUCCCAGGCUCUGCGGGACGACCUGUACUUUGACGUUGGCUGCCUGCUCGCCCUCUCUCUGGUUCACGGCGGUCCACCUGUUGGCUUCUUUUCUCACACUCUCUACCAGUGUCUCUUCAACUACCCUCCCAACCAGCCGCUCACCGUCACACACAUGACCCCCGACACACACUUCAGACGCCAAGUCAGCAGGAUCGCAGAGGCGACGUCUUUGGACGAGCUGAAAGAAGUCACGGCAGCCAGCUGGGAGUUCCUGGAGCUGGCCGGCUGCAACCAACCAAUCAGCAGCCUUGAGGAGAAAGAGGCUCUGGUGGAGAAUCUGGUCAGCUUCACUCUGAUCACCAGGAUGCAGCUGCCACUGCAGAGGUUUCGGGAGGGUCUGCAGACGUUGGGAGUCUUUGAUCAGGUGCAGCUCUACCCGUCAGCGUUCUGCACUGUUUUCUGCAAGGCGGCGGUUCGACUCACGGCUCAGGCGGUCAGCCGGCUCUUCACCGUCAACUUCUCGCAGCAGGAGGACAAACUGAACCGAGAGACGGCCGUCAUCAGCUUCUGGAGACACUUCCUGCUGGAGUGUGAAGUUGGUCGGAGCUCCAUCUCUCUACAGGACCUUCUCCGUUUUGCCACUGGAGCUGAGGACGUCCCAGCUGCCGGCCUCCUCCCUCCUCCCUCCGUGUCCUUCCUCCACCCCGUCAUCUCCUCCCCAGCAGGAGUCGAGCAGGAUGAGGGAGGAGGAGGAGGAGCGGGAGGGGAGGUGUUUCAGGACGAGGGGCUCUUCCCUCAGAGGGAGCCCAGCUCCAAACACCUCCUCCUGCCCGUCACCUCCUCCUACCAGGCCUUCAAGAGCUCCAUGGAGCAGGCCAUCAGUCACCAUGUGCACCUCCUCCCUACAGAGAGUUAGAGGAGGAGGAGCUGUUACUGAGAAGUUUUAUCAUUUUACACUCUGAGACACAUUCAGACGUUAUAUCAGCGUAGCUGUUGGAUGAUUCCUGAGCAGGACUCAUUUAAAGGAACAGUUCACCCCGACAUCUAAACUCAGGCCUCCUCUCCUCCUCCUGCUGAUGGAAGUCAAGACAUUUCUGGAGCUUCACAGUGAAACAGACUUUAUAUCAUUAGCAGGAGGAGAUGAUGACUGAGUUUUCAUUUUUGUCUGAACUCUUCCUUUAAUAAAUUGUUUCCAUCCGUCUCUGCUCUAUUUCUUUUGUUUUGUUAUGGUUUCUGUAUCAGUGAGGUUCAGUUUGAUUUUUCGGGUUCGGGUCCUUUAUGUUCAGACUCAAAGCAACGACACAUUCGUCCGUCUCUUAAUACCGUCUGACUUCCUGUCUGUGGCUCAUUGGUUCCUACUGGAAUCUUUAAAUGUGGACACCUGUCAUGUGUUCAGGUGUCGUUUUAGUCACUGAUGAAGCUGAAGAACAAAAUAUUUUCAGAGCGCUGCCAAAGCAAAAACCUUAAACUCAAACUCAAACCUUUUUAAAGUCCUCUUCACUUUUGCCUUUUUUUAACCUUGAGCCUUUUUUCUCCAGCUUGAACGUGAUGUCAUGAAAAUCUUUUAUGUUUCCAGUUUAAAAACGAUGGUGCUGAUUUUAUAAGUUCGUCUUUAAGAGUUACUUUGUUAUUUACGUUUCUGUGUUGUAUAUAAGAUGCAGAGGUUUUCUGUAUGUGCUUUUCUAUCUUGUUUGUUAUUUUUGUUCUUUUCUUUACAAAUUUUUAUUGAAAAAGCUAAAAUGUCACCGAUCAGAUUUUGAGGAACAUGUUUCAAUCUGACACUGCUGGUUUUUAUGUCAUGAUAUCUCAGACUUACUGUGUUUAUUCUCAGAACUGUGUGAAAAGAGGAUUCUGCAGCGGUUGAAACUACAGACAUGCUGACUUCUGAUUGGCUCAAAUACAUCAUGUGAUCAAGUUCAAACGUUCGUGGUGAAGAUUAGACCUCCAAACAUUUGUGUUUUUCUCAAAGCAAUUAUGAUGAAGAUAAAAAAAACAUUUGGUUGAUAAAAUUACGGUCAAGUCAAUGAAUGGAUUGUGAUAUUAUGAAUUAAGCUGAUUAUUUCAGCAGCUUUUGGGCACUAACAGCUGAGAUCUGACUGCAGAGGAAACACCUGUGUGUUUCACAGUAACUGAAAAAAUGCACCAUCAAGAUUUAACUGAACGGAUGAAUCUCAUUUAUUUUGUCACUUUUGAGGAUAUAAAGCCUCUUAAAAAAAGCAUUAGAUUCUGCAGACAAAUAUAUUACAGUCCACUCAUUCAUCCAUUAAACACUUAGAAUCUUAAUUAAGCAACCUGAUUAUGUUGUUAUUAAUGGACAUGGGAAGUAAAGACCAAGAGAUUUGUUUUCUGUCUCUUUCACAUUUAGCUCGACACAAUAAACCGAACAACCAGGA